UUGGCCACAGACAGUCCAACAGCCACUCAAUCCCAGCGCUCUUUGUGCGUGAGAGCUCACACACUCUCUCACAUAUGCAUCUCUCCGAUCAAAGUGUGUGAAACCACAAGGAUACAGACUAAGACUUGGAAAAUGAACCUCUUCUGUUUCACUCUGGAUGGCUCUACAGACAGCCUGUACGAGCUGGCCCAGAUUGGCCAGAACACUCAAGAUUUAUUACCCAGAAGGCUGCCUAGUCCCAACUCUGUGAAGAACGUUAGUGUGUGGAGUGGAUCUAAGCCCUGCAUCGCCAUGAAGCUUCCAGAGACUCACACAAGUAAGACUCAAGAAAGUAAGAUUUUGGAAAAGGCAAAGAGAAAGUCCCAAUUACUAUCCACAUCAGAAGACGAGACGACAGAUCAUACAGAGUCGGAUGCCCACUGGCCAUCCACAAGGAAAAAAGAUGGCUUGGUACACAGCAAGAACCAUUCGAACACAGAGACGGUCAAAGAUCACCACCGGUCAAAACUCAGUAGAGAAGAGAAAGAAGAGCGGAUGAAUUCAGAGAAGACAGUUAAAAAUCCUUCCGUCCAGGGUGUGAAUUUUGAAGCCUGGAAUCCCAAUAGAGAAAACUCUGAAUGCAGACAGCAAGACUUGACCAGGAGGUCAGAGAGUGAGGAUGAGGCGCAAGGGACGCUGAAGAAAAUCCAGAAACUGGUGGGAGGGAAAAAGGGGGGUCAAAGUGCCUCAGAGGAGUCGAGAAACAACACAGAACCUGGUGAAUCCAAUGGCAAAGGCCACAGUCCUGUCAUAACCUGCAUCAAUCUGACCAAAACAGCUGAGAAGAAGCACACAAGGCAAUCCCAGCAGCCCCUGCAGGAUAAAGACGUUGAUACAGCAGAAACAGAGGCUUCUUGGAGUCCAGGGCUCUUUCAGGAGUACUGGAGCCCCGUGGUGUAUUCUCCAGUGUGGGACACGUCCACACACACCUGCCACAGGUCAUCAGCCGAACAGGUCAUGUACAACUUCAACUUCACCCUCCCCAGAGACACGGACUGGGAGAAAUACGAGGAGCUCUUCCACCGACUGGACCCCUACAAACGAGACCAGCAAGACAGGUGGAUCACCCACUCCGUCAUGGACCUGGACACGCCGGACCCUCUGCGUUCCACCAGCUUUGGGAUUUUCGACAGACAGCAGCCCACCCAGGUCAAGGCAGAAGAGAAGGUAGAAAGUAUGCCUGUGGAAGCAGCUGAGGCGGAUCCCAGUAAAUCAGGAGGUCUCGGGAAGAAGAUGAAGAACAUCUCACUGACCAUGCGUAAAAAGAUGGGCAGGAAAUACACUAAAGCCCUGUCAGAGGAAAUGGGCGAGGAGAACGAAGCUGCGGCGGCUGAAGUCGUGGACGGCACGUUGGCCAAAGGCUGCAACCACUCCAGUAACUCGGUAGAGAGUCUGUUCAGUUUGCACAGCGGCCAGAGUUCAUCUAGUGGUGUGACAAGCGGCUCUGAGGGUUGUAGUAACAGGGACAGCCUUCGUUUAGAAGAAGAUGUGCCCUACACGGGCCAGUUCUGUGGAAGAGCCAAGGUCCACACCGACUUCGUUCCCAGUCCAUAUGACACAGAGUCUCUCAAACUCAAGGUGGGAGAUGUGAUUGAUAUCAUCAGCAAACCUGCAAUGGGAAUCUGGACUGGGAUGUUGAACGGUAAAAUAGGAAACUUUAAGUUCAUCUACGUCGACGUGCUGGUGGAAGAAAGCGCGCCAGAACCGAGGAUUCGCUCUCACCGGAGCAGCAGAAGACCUCGACCCAAAACUCUUCAGGAACUUCUGGAAAGACUCAAUUUGGAGGAGCACAUUUCAUCUUUGCUCUUGAAUGGGUAUCAGACAGUGGAAGAUCUUCGGGAUUUGAAGGAGCAGCAUCUCGUAGAGCUCAAUGUGACCGACCCUGAACACAGACACCGGCUGCUAUUGGCGGCAGAAUACCUGCAGGACGCUGAAUAUAAUAAUCAGAGCCACGGAGAGAAAGAUGAAGAGCCCAAAGCUCCCUCUGAACAAGUCAAAGCCGGACUAAACGUCUGUCCCAGAGACUCGGGCUGUUACAUCGGAUCUGACUGUUCAGACAACAGUAAAGAGGACACAGAGACCCAGCCGGCCCCUCUCAGCCCACCUGCAACCCAAGCAUAACCACAGCCCUGCAUAAUGCUGUUCAUCUCGUCCUCGCCUGCCUCUGGUUGGUGCAAAGACUGUUAGCUGCCGGCCACAACCUUUUUGACUGUGUAAAGCAGCCUUUGUGUUUCAGAGCUGUUGCAUUAAGGUGUCUCUGACGACACUGGAGUCAUGGACACUGUGAGAAGUAGUUACAGAUAUGAAAGAUGACAUGUAAAUAUACUGUAAAUAUGGUGAAAGUGGUGAAGCUUUGCUCUUGUAAACCGUUUCAGCUUUGCCUUGCAGAUGCUAGACAAAACGACAAACUAUUGAGAUUACAAAUGCAUUAUUUUCAUGCAAUAAAAAGAUAUCUUUAUAUCGUACUAAUUUCAUUUGUUACAUAUGUCAGUCAUAUUAAUAUAGCGAUAUUUACUGGUACAGAUGGGGCUUAUGUCAGUGGCUUCCUGAAACUAAAAGUGAUGAGAUCGGUAACACUCGGUAAUAACGUGCUGCCAUCUAGUGUGAGUACUUACUAACUACUGCCAUAAACAAUAAGCAAACUCCAUCUUUUACAUGAAAGAUGCGAAUGUAACUCAAAAUUGUUGAAAAACGUUUGGCAAAAUAUAAUCUUAAGUCUU